AUGCCCCGUUACAACGAAGACGACCUUGCUUACGGAGAGUAUCACGGUCAGGGUGGUGAAGAGUCCAGUCGCCACUUCAUUGGAGACGUCUUCCAUCGAUUGAGGGGUACGAAGCCAGACAGCGAAUAUUCCCACGAGGCGGCACAAACACAAACACCUCCGGGCUCUACAACCCCAUAUGACCCUCAUCUCAUCGAUCCAAACCCCACCACUGUGGGAAACAUACAAUCCCACGAUCCACCCGCCCAGUCUUCAUCCACCAUGUCAUCUCUCUUUGGCAAGGUCCACCAGGCCGUGCAUGGAGUCGGGGCACAGAUCAAGGACAAAAUCAACACCUUGGGCGAUAACCAGACCGUCCACGCGCAUACCAGCGUUGAUGGACAGUGCUCGGAUGGAGCCCAUAGCAACAGUAGGCAUAGAUUCCAUUCGUUCGCUCCUCAGCGCGAAGGCAACGAGUUGAAGUGGUACGUGGAUGGCUGCAAUUAUAUGUGGGCUGUAAGUGUAGCCAUUGAGCAAGCCAGGGAGAGCAUAUGGAUUCUUGAUUGGUGGCUGUCCCCCGAGCUCUACCUGCGUCGUCCACCAAAGAAGUUCGAGAACUACCGAAUUGAUCGUAUGCUAAAAGCAGCCGCUGAACGAGGUGUGAAGGUCAACAUCAUUGUGUACAAAGAGGUGACCCAAGCACUCACUCUCUCUUCGGCGCAUACGAAGCACCAUCUCGAGGAUCUGCACCCCAACAUCGGCGUAUUCCGUCACCCCGACCACCUUCCGGAUACCGCCGUCCUCAGCUCGUCCUUUAUCAGUUCCUUACAGAACCUGAAACUCACAGCUGCUUCUGCCGCAAAACUUCCCGGUGAUGCUUUAAAAGCCGUGUAUGGGACGUCGGAAGGUACGGUGUUAUACUGGGCCCACCACGAGAAGUUGUGUCUCAUCGAUGGCAACCUGGCCUUUAUGGGAGGGCUUGACCUCUGCUACGGCCGCUGGGACACUCAUCAGCAUCCAAUUGCAGACCUCCACCCCGCAAAUAUUGAUGACACUGUUUUUCCAGGGCAAGACUACAACAAUGCCCGAAUCAUGGACUUCCAAGAUGUUCCCCAUUGGGAGAACAACAAGUUGGACCGAACGAAGAGUGCACGGAUGGGCUGGAGCGAUGUCAGCCUAUGCGUCAGGGGUCCGGCGGUUGAAGAUCUCAAGGUCCAUUUCGCCGAAAGAUGGAACUUCAUUUGGCAAGAAAAAUACAGUGUGAAGAACGAAGGCCGUUAUCAUAAGAUUGAUAUCCAUCGCUCUUCAUAUGGAGUGGUCGGCGAGGGCCAGACGGGUGCCGAUUCAGCACAGGGAUCGUACCAACCCUCAGGCGCCCAAGGCCUAGAUGGCGCACCAUCAGAGUUCCAAGCACAAAGCCAAGGCCAGUAUUUCCCCCCUCCGCCAACCCAAGCGAGUCGGGGAAUAGAUCAUGCCGAAGGCGAACGCGGAUUUGGCGGAGAGGAUGGAGAGAGAGGGUUUCGUCAUGGACGCCUCGGUGGUGCAGGAGACAAACUGUGGCAACGGGUUGAGGGUGGCCUUCAACAAUUCGAGGACAAGUAUCAAUUACACCACGAAUCUCACCAUAGUGAACAGCAGCAAACCGGCCCUCUAGGAGGAGCCAUCUGUCAGCUCACUCGCUCCUGUGCAGAAUGGUCGCACGGCACGCCUCUUGAACAUUCCAUCGCCAACGCUUACAUCGAGACCAUUACUGCUGCGAAACACUUUAUCUACAUCGAGAACCAGUUCUUUAUCACAGCCACGACCCCGGAGCAGAAGCCUGUGGCAAAUCUCAUUGGCUCGGCCAUCGUUGCGCGGAUCAAACGAGCGGCACGAGAGAACCAGCCGUUCAAGAUAUUCGUGAUGAUGCCGGCCGUCCCGGCGUUUGCAGGGGACUUGCGAAGCGACGAUGCCCUCAGCACCCGAGCCAUUAUGGAGUUCCAGUAUCAGAGCAUUUGCCGGGAUCAGAAACGCCAGCUGAGCAUCUACGAGCAACUCGCGCGCGAAGAUAUCGACCCGGUCCAGUACAUCCGAUUCUACAAUCUGCGCAAUUUCGACCGGCUUAACACGAGUGCGGCGUUGAGGACGGUCGAACAGAGCGCUGGUGUGAGUUAUGAAGACGCACGUAAGCAGUAUGACGAACAGGUUGGGGGCGGUUUCGGUCAAGGGCAACCGGAAGGACAGGAGACCUCGAGGGGAUAUGACCCUUCCGGAUACCAACCGUACCAUCCUGCUCCCGCUGAAGCAGACUCGAAUCCCGGUUACCCACCGCCACCGCCUCGUCCUCAGGAUCAGUACAACCCGCCUUCCCAUACCGGAUACGGUGCUCCACAGGACUACUCCGGCGCCGCACCAUACUCGACCUACCAGUCUGCAACCUCGCAAGCCUCUUCGGACCCGACGCCCGAUACCGUGUCCAAUGCUUACAUGCAAGGCGGACAGGACAUCCGCAGCGCCCCAUGGUCCGGCGACGCGCAGUCAGAGCUGUCAUCCAUCGUCUCGGAAGAGCUCUACAUUCACUCCAAACUGUUGAUCGCGGACGACUCGGUGGUGAUCUGCGGCUCGGCCAACCUGAACGACCGUUCCCAGCUUGGCAACCACGAUAGCGAAAUCGCCAUCAUCAUCCGUGACCGCACGCCCGUGCCCGGCCCGCCGCCGACGAUCGCCGGACGUCCCAACGAGCAGGCGAACGCGUUCGCGACGAGUCUGCGGCGGUUCAUCUUCCGGAAACAUCUGGGGUUGGUCCCCCCGCAGCAGAUGGACCGACCGGAUCGCAACGCCAUGCCGCUCGACGGCGGGAUGGGAGGGAUGACUAACGACUACGACUGGGGCAGCGAGGAAGAUCGCGCAGUCCACGAUCCACUGAGUGAGCCGUUCCUCGCCCUUUGGGACGGCACGGCGAGACGCAACACAGAGUCGUUUCGGAAAGUGUUCCACCCUGUCCCUGAUGACACGGUGCGGACGUGGACGGCGUACGAGGAGUAUUACACGAAAUUCUUCGCGCCCCCGAAGCAGGAGGGCGCGGCCAAGGAAGGACAACCGGUUCCCAAGGCGAAGUAUGACGUCGGGCAUGUGGUCGAGGAGAAUUUCCCGGGCGGGGUGCACGAAGUCAAGGAGAUCUUGAGUCAGGUGAAAGGAACGCUAGUGGAGAUGCCAUUGCUGUUCCUAAAGGAUGAGGAUAUCGCGAAGGAAGGCUUGGGGUUGAAUGCUUUCACUGAAGAAGUCUACACGUGAGGGCAUUCGAACAUCUCGGCGGUGACGUAACAGCCUAUGAGUGAUGAGUUCGACAAAUGAGACACGAGGCUUUAUGACCAUGUUGAUCAUCGUUAUGUUCACGACUCACGAGAAGCACGGCGGGCCUAGUUGAUGUCAUCUCAAUAUCAUCAUCGUCUGGCCCGCGUUGCUCCAGUGGCCUCUCUAUCCAACACUACGGUCGCGACAGCUACCUACAAUUUAAACGGCCCCUUGCAGCCACGCGAAAUCCCAAAGCAGAUGGAAGGUCAGGUGGCGUACGAUCUGUGUCGCCAGAAGAAGACAA